GCCGGAACCGCCCGACUCGCACGGCCUCCCCGUGGCGCGCCCGUGGCUCCGCCAUGCGGGUUGAGGGCACGAAGCAAGGGCGCACGCCCAGCUCGCUCACGGUUCCUCUCGGCCCCGGAUGUGACUGUUUAGCUGAGACGCCUGGCGCCCUACGCUACAUGGGAUUGGGCGCCGUGGGUGAGGUCAUCACGAGGCGCCGUGGAAGGAAGCGGGGAGCACAGAGUCUUCUGGGCCAUUAUGGCUGUCAAGUGGACUGGUGGACAUUCUUCUCCUAUUCUCUGCCUGAAUGCAAGUCAAGAAGGACUAGUAGCUUCUGGAGCAGAGGGUGGAGAUCUCAUGACUUGGGGUGAAGAUGGGACUCCAUUGGGACACACACGCUUCCAAGGGGCCGAAGAUGUUACCAGUGUCUUAUUUUCUCCCUCUUGCCCCACCAAGCUCUAUGCCUCACACGGAGAAACUAUUAGCAUACUGGACGUCAGGUCCCUCAAAGGUUCCCUGGACCAUUUUCAUGUGAAUGAAGAAGAAAUCAAUUGUCUUUCAUUGAAUGAAACUGAAAACCUGCUGGCUUCUGCUGAUGACUCAGGGGCAAUCAAAAUCCUAGACUUGGAAAAUAAGAAAGUUAGCAGAUCACUGAAGAGACAUUCCAACAUCUGUUCUUCUGUAGCUUUUCGGCCUCACAGGCCUCAUAGCCUGGUGUCAUGUGGACUGGACAUGCAGGUGAUGCUGUGGAACCUUCAGAAAGCCCGGCCUCUCUGGAUCACAAAUUUACAGGAGGAUGAAACAGAAGAAAUGGAGAGCCCACAAUCACCCAGUCAACUUUUAAACCCUGCUCUAGCCCACUCUGUGUCUGUGGCAUCGUGUGGUAACAUUUUUAGUUGUGGUGCAGAAGAUGGUAAGGUUCGAAUCUUUAGGGUGAUGGGAAUCAAGUGUGAACAGGAACUGGGCUUUAAAGGCCAUACUUUGGGGGUAUCCCAGGUCUGCUUUCUGCCAGAAUCCUAUUUGCUGCUUACUGGAGGGAAUGAUGGGAAGAUAAUGUUGUGGGAUGUAAGUAGUGAAGUUGAGAAAAAACAGAAGAGCCCUGCAAAACAUACCCACAGGAAGAAAACUAAAAGAACAACUUACAGCAAGCAGGGUGGAAACACUAAUGCUUCAGUAACAGAUGAAGAAUAUGGCAAAAUUUCACCAAAGCUGAGUAUUGAACAUGGAGAAAAAGUGAACUGGCUCUUGAGUACAAAAAUAAAGGGAUACCAAAAUAUUUUAGUAGCUGAUCAAACCAGUUCUAUAUCUCUGUAUCCCUUAAAUGAAUUUUAAAUCCAAUAAAAAACAUUUGGAAAACUGCAGCAAAACUUUGUAGGUUAAAAAGAUCGUGAUUCUUUGUUUAAACUAUUUGUCAUAUGUAAUAAUACCAUUCCAUUGUAUAAAUGGUAAGACAUUUGAGCAGAAGAUAAUUGGAUAAUACUUCAUAUAGUAAAUGAAGUAUUAAAAUUUGGGGGAAGAGAACUAAUAUUCACUGAGUACUGAUCAUGUACUCAGUACAUAUAUAUUUUCAUUUUUUUAUUCCAAAUCAAUGAAGUGGGUAAUUUCCCCAUUUAUUGCUACAGAAAUUGAGACUCAGAGAUGUUAAGUAACUUGAAAAUCCAGGAAAAUUGCAGGCACAAUUACUUGCCUACAAGGAUAUUGGUUGUCUUAUCAAGUCUCCUGCCUUAGGAAAGCCCACAUCCUGAUCCAGAUGUGGUCACCACAUCAGUUACAACGCGAAUUAUUUAGGAUUCUAGGAUGUUAUGAGGAGCCUUACCAAGUUGGAAGAGGAAACCUGUUCUUGUGUUUGUUCUUUGUAAAGCCCAGAGGCUUUUCUGACAAUUACUUUUUGCCGUUUCUGAGAGGAGGGUUCCCAGGUCAAAUCAGUUUAGCAUAUUACGCAGCAAUCCAGGCCAUGAUGCUGGUAGGACCAGGAAUAAGCUGGAGUCACGAAUAAGCAGAUAUUAAGUAGAGAAGAGAUAGAAGACAUAGAGGAUAGAGGCCAACAUAAUAUAUCAAGAAUAAGUUGCUUUUUUCAGGGGCAGCAAGUUAGCUCAGUUGAUUAGAGUGUUGUGCUCUUAACAACAAAGUUGCCAGUUCAGUUCCCCACAUGGGCCACU